AUGUCAGUUCCGGUCGUUAUUGUGACAGGCUGCUCUAAAGGAGGUAUAGGGUUUGCACUAUGCGAAGAAUUCGCUGCUAGGGGAUGCAUAGUAUACGCAACAGCUCGCCGUCCGGAAAGCAUGGAGGGCUUUCGGCACGAGAAUAUCCACGCUCUCAAACUUGAUGUCACGAACGAAGCGGAAACGCGGUCAGUCGUGAACACAGCCAUCGAGAAAGAAGGCAGGAUCGACAUCGUGGUCAAUUGCGCUGCAGUAGCUUGCGUAGGGCCCAUGUGCGAUAUUCCCGCAGACGACGUUGCUGCCGUAUUCAAUACCAACGUAUUCGGCCCUCUACACAUGUAUCGCGCCGUCUUUCCUCACAUGGCCUCACGGAAAGUUGGCACCAUCGUCAAUGUAGGGUCCAUCUCUGGUUUCGCAGGGACACCGUGGUUAGGCGUGUACGUCGGGACGAAGGCAGCCCUCGAGCGUAUCUCGGAGGUUCAGUACAUGGAAGCCCGGCCGUUCAAUGUCUCGGUGAUGCAUGUCUCGCCGGGCAUGGUCAAGUCCAACAUGAACGACACGUCGCUCUCGCAGAUACGUAUCGCUCCGGAUAGUAUAUACUCGGGGUGGCUGGAUUCGAUGCGCGGCUUGGCGGCCACCGAAGGUAUACCUACGGAACAGUUCGCGCAGCGAGUCGUGUCCGCUGCACUCAGUGCGAGUCCUCCAAGACACCUUCUCAGUGGGAAGAUGUCGUCGAUCGUGUGGUUCUGCCAAUGGUUGCCGCGGGGCUGGCUCUUGAGGAAGAUGUGGGAUGCUGUCGCGGGACUUCCGAAGCCGAAGGCUCAGUAG